AUGCUACGAAUUUUGCAUCAGAUCCCCGAAGUUGAACAGACGGAUUCUUCCGACACGGCACCCACUGCAAACGACACGCGUCCUUGCGUGCCGAACGACGGAAGUCGGGGUCAUCCCUAUUGUUGUAGGCGUCCGUGCCUUUUCUUUGCAGCUGCACAAUGUGAAGCAGGGGCACGCUGUGAUUAUUGUCACCUCGACCAUGAGCCACGUCCGCCGUCCUUGAACAAGAAGCAGCGGUUCAUAUUGCAGGAGUUCAGCAGGGCCGAGAUUCUUGUGAUACUGCUUCCACACCUCGAGGCCAAGGCCGAACAAAUGGGCCAGGCAGCUGACGCCGCACCGAUCAUCUCGUCCUUCCACCGCGAGCUCCAGAUCCUCAGCGUCGGUGUGCAUUGGUCAACAUUGAGCCAGAGAUCGCAUGUGCUGGACAAGGUGCUCCAGAAAAUGAAGUUCGGUGACGUGGCACGGCUUGCGUCCUCCCGCUUCUACGGCGGUUC